UAAAUGCUGCCAAUGCUUUCAGCAAGUGUCUGCCUCAAAAGCAUGAAAUCGCACAGCAAGUUCCAUAUUCUUCUGGGGGUCCGUGUGGGGAAGUUGAAAGAAGUUUGAGUAAUGGUGCUCAGUAUUUUGAGCUAAAGGGGCUGAGCUGUAUUAUUUUGCUGUACUCUUUGAGGAGCCUGACCUUUACUUGCCAGUAUUAUGGCUGCAACUAUCUCAACACAAAGUGAAUGCAUGUAUCCAGAGAUUGAAUUGUUCGUCAAGGCUGGUGGUGACGGGGAAAGCAUUGGAAACUGCCCAUUUUCCCAGCGGCUGUUUAUGAUCCUUUGGCUAAAAGGCGUGAUAUUUAAUGUCACAACAGUUGAUCUAAAGAGGAAGCCUGCUGACCUGCAAAAUCUGGCCCCUGGUACCAAUCCUCCAUUUUUGACCUUCAAUGGAGAAGUCAAAACAGAUGUUAACAAGAUAGAAGAGUUUCUAGAAGAUAAAUUGGUGCCACCAAGGUAUCCAAAGCUUUCUGCCAUACAUCCCGAAUCGAAUUCAGCAGGAAAUGAUGUAUUUGCCAAGUUCUCAGCAUACAUUAAGAAUGUCAGGAAAGAUGCAAAUGAAAGUUUGGAAAAGGCCUUAUUGAAAGCUCUGAAGAAAUUAGAUGAUUAUUUAAACACACCUUUACCUGAAGAAAUUGAUGCUAAUAGCACAGAGGAAGACAUUUGUUCUAACAGAAAAUACCUCGAUGGAGAUUACUUGACCUUGGCAGAUUGUAAUCUCCUGCCAAAGCUUCACAUUAUCAAGCUUGUAGCAAUGAAAUACCGAAAUUUUGAAAUCCCAGCGGAAAUGACUGGAAUUUGGAGAUACCUGAACAAUGCUUACGAAAGGGAGGAAUUUGUAAACACGUGCCCUGCUAAUCGUGAGAUUCAGAUUGCAUAUUUAGAUGUUGCAAAGAGAAUGAAAUAAAUCCAUUUAGACAGCUCAGAAUGCACAUAUGAUGUCUUGCAUGUUAGAGUGAGUGCAGUAUUUUGCUAAUAAUGAUCAGUUUCCAAAAUGUUUAACAAUGUUGCACAUUUUUCACUCUUUGUACUUGGAGCAUAAUUAAAGAUGAUCAUAAUGC